AUGUUUGUGAAUCCCGAAAAUAUCCACGACUUUGGCACCAUUUUUGAAGGAAUCGAAUUGAAAAAAAUGACAAGUAGACAUACUGUCAAUCUUCAGAAGACUAUUCGUGAAUGUUUGGAUUACGGUGAGAAAUGGAGCGAAAGUGGUCUUUAUGAUUUAUGUUCAACACUUGUUUACGAAUCCAUCACAACUACUCUUUUCGGCUCAAGUGUUGAUGCACGCUCGAUUGUUAAAGACUUGAAAAGUUUCGACACUGAUGUUCAUCUUCUUGCUUAUCCCGCACCAUAUCGUUGGUUUAAGCCGAAUUUGAUUCGAUCAAGAAAUAAAAUCGCCAAACGAUUAUCAUCGGUGAAAAAUGAUGAUUCCGAAAAUGUUUUCGUUAGUAAACUAAAUGAAUUAGCCAGUUUAUUAUCGAAAGAAGAUGUAGGGUCUAUCAACAUGGCAGUAUUGUGGGCAGCUUAUGGAAAUGUUAUUCCAGCCAUUUUCUGGACUUAUUUUUACCUUCGACGUUAUCCGAAUAUUUACGAGAUUAUACUCCGCGAGAUAGAAAGUGCAUCGUCUGAAGCGAAGGAAGAUGAUCUUAUAUAUUCAAUGCCUCAUUUAGAUGGUGUGAUGGAAGAAACUAUGCGUCUUACGGCAAAUGCACUUAUCGUACGUGAAUGUAUGCAGGAUAUGAAACUCAUGAUAGUCAAUGCUGGUUAUGAAAUUUCACUUGCAGAAAAUGAUAUUUUAAUUCUUUUUCCAUUCGCGUCGCAGAUUGAUGAAGAAUACUUUCCACGUCCGCACGAGUUUGUCCACGAUCGUUUUGUGAUCGGUAGUCCGAAUCAAGCAAGCGCAGCUGCUCGCCGAAUCCACGCGCCGUUUGGUGAAGGGAAGUUUGUUUGUCCGGGACGUCUUCUUGGAAAAAAUGUGAUUAAAUGGACAAUUGUGGCGAUGAUCAAACAGUUUGAUAUUGACUUUUUCGAUGAUUGCGAAACCAUAAAAAAACCUACCAUGCUCAAAUCACGUCAAGGGUUUGGUAUACCACCUCCUCAAAAGGAUAUACGUAUUCGGUAUCGAGUCAAAUAA